AUGACAGCAAAACGUCCCAACUUCCUCGUCAUAGUCGCCGACGACCUCGGUUUCUCCGAUGUAGGCUGUUUCGGCGGAGAAAUCCGUACUCCCAACAUCGACCAAAUCGCCAAAGAAGGUCUGCGAUUCACCGAUUUUCACGCAGCAGCAGCAUGUUCUCCCACACGCGCCAUGAUCAUGACAGGCACAGACCACCACAUCGCCGGUCUGGGAAACCUAAUCGAAUGGACCAACAUAUCUGGCCAGAACGGACCGAAAGGCUCAGAAAUGAGCACGGCGCCGCAGCGCGGAAUGCCGGGAUACGAGGGAUACCUCAAUGAGCGGGUCGUGGCACUCCCGGAGAUCCUGCGCGAUGGGGGAUAUCACACCGUAAUGUCGGGGAAAUGGCACUUGGGUCUGACACCAGAGCGAUCACCGCAUAAACGUGGGUUUGAACGCUCGUUCGCGCACUUACCUGCCUGUUCAAACCACUAUGCCUUCGAGCCGGAGCUGAAAGAUGAAGACAUCCUCCCGACUUUCAUCGAAGCGAGUUACAUCGCUCUGCAUAUGGAGGAUGGAGAGUAUGUGCGCCGGCUCCCGGAGGACUGGUAUUCUUCUGACGGGUACGGCGAUAAGAUGGUGUCGUACCUGAAAGAAUGGAAAGAUAGCGGGGGCAGCGAUGGCCCAGACGGAGACGGAGAUCGACCGUUCUUCGCAUACCUCCCUUUCACAGCGCCGCACUGGCCGCUACAAGCUCCGCGCGAGUAUAUCGAUCAUUACCGCGGGGUGUAUGACUCCGGCCCGGACGUGCUCCGCGAAAAGAGACUCCAGCGUCUAAAAGAGCUUGGUAUGGUGCGCGAGGAUGUCGAGCCACAUCCCGUGCAAGCAGAGGAAGUCAAAGCGUGGGAUGAGUAUAGCGCUGAGGAGAAGAAGAAGUCCGCCGUUGCGAUGGAGGUGUUUGCCGGGAUGGUUGAGUGUAUUGAUUCGAAUGUCGGGAAGGUGGUUGAUUACCUGCGGUCUAUCGACGAGCUCGAUAACACGUUCGUGUGUUUCAUGUCUGAUAAUGGAGCCGAGGGCGCCGCCUACGAGGCGUAUCCGAUGGUUAAAAAUGGCGUCAUGCCUCACCUGCAAAAAUACUACGAUAACAGCCUCGAGAACCUCGGAAACGGGAACUCGUUUAUCUGGUAUGGUCCGCGCUGGGCGCAGGCUGCUACUGCACCCUCGCGGCUGUAUAAGGCAUAUACCACCGAAGGCGGCGUGCGGGUUCCAUUCACAUGUCGUUUCCCGACGAACUUUGAUAUAAACCCUGCCGAUGUUGCGGCUGGUAAGGGUGGGAUUACCGAGCAGUUCGCCACGGUCAUGGAUCUCGCCCCGUCUAUCCUGGAUAUGGCGGGGAUUCAGCAUCCGGCGCCGACGUACCAGGGUCGGGAGGUUGUCGAGAUGCGUGGUCGAAGUUUCCACCCCUGGGCGAUUGGUCAGGCGGAGCGAAUUCACCCGGUUGAGUUUAUUCAGGGCUGGGAGACGUGUGGACGGGCUGCGUUGCGUUGUGCGGACUGGAAGAUUGUUUUUAUUCCCAAGCCUAAGGGCCCAGAGAAGUGGCAGUUGUUUAAUCUCGUGCAGGAUCCUGGGGAGAUUCAUGAUUUGUCAGAGACCGAGCCGGAGAAGUUGAAGCAGUUGCUUAAACUCUGGGAUCAGUAUGUUCUUGAGACGGGUGUUGUCCCGCUCUGUCCUGAUCUUGGGGAAUUUUUGGAGGCGACUGAGGCGCAGAUGCCUGAGAAUGCGUGGAUGGAGUUUGAUUAUUGGAAAGAAGGCGCGAGAGAUGAGCCGGCGAAGUUUACACGGCAGCCGCCGAGGUUUCAGCGGACUGUGAAGCCUUUCUAA